AUGGCUUUGAGAAACUACAUGUAUUACAAACAUGAAGAUGAACUAAAGGACAAGAUUGCACAUGGUUUAAACGUUACACUAAAUGUUAACACAACCACUUCAACACCAAAUACUAGUCCAGUUAUACCCAGAAAGCCAAAAAGAUUAACACCCACACAAAUUAGAAAAUUGGAAAGAUUGAAAUUGGAACAACAAAAUGAAAGUGAUAAUGAUGCUAAUUCAAGUUGUGACAAUCUGAGCAGUGCAGUUGAAACAGCUGUUGUCCUUAUGUUAGGUAUGCCUACACCACCCUCAGUUGCAUCCAGCAUCUCUCCUUUGAAUAACAACGACUCGCUAGGGUCCGUGUCUGCCUCUCAAUCACCUCCAAUAGGUGACAACAACAGCAAUAGUGGCAGUAGGAAAAGAAGCAGCUUGAAGCAAUACCAACAAUCUGUUCAAGGAUUUGAGCCUAUUCCAAAAAAGUCAGCCAUCAUCAAGACAGAUAAACCAAGACCCCAUGUGUGUACAACGUGUACUAGAGCUUUUGCAAGGCUAGAGCAUUUGAAGAGACAUGAGAGAAGUCAUACCAAUGAGAAACCAUUCCAAUGUGCUGCUUGCGGCCGUUGCUUUGCUAGAAGAGACUUGGUGUUGAGACAUCAACAGAAGCUUCACACUUCGCUAACAACAAAUAAUACAAAUUCCAAGGACUUCAAAAAAGGUGAGAAUGAAAACAUCAUAACAAACUAUGGGAACAAAGAAGUUAGUUUACCUACAAAGAACGGAGUCGUGAUAGACGAGGAUCCUAGAUCAAACACUAAAAGGGAAUCUGUAUCUUCAGUAGGCUCAGACCACCAUCAACAUCAAUUGAUACCCCCAACUUUGAAAAGCUUCAACUUGAACAACAAUUUCCCUACAAAAUCCACUAUAGAAUCAUACAAUGAACACUCAACAUUGUUUAAGCAUGCUGAGAAUUUGAGACACUCAUCAAUAUCUCAUGACAAUAGUGAUACUGCUUCUCACACUACACAUCAUUCAGCCCAUCCGCCACAAAAACGCCAUCGUCACAACUCUUUCAGUGCUUCUUCAGCUAUUUCAUACACCAAGAAUGAUCAAGAAGCAAUCCAUAAUGAACAUGAACUGCCAGAAGCCCCUCAUCAGGUUGGAUUUGCAACUCCGCAAUUGACCGCUCAAGAGUUGACAUCAAAAGCUAUAAUGAGUGGGUUUGAUUUGAAUGCUCUAGGGUUACAAUAUGAAAUCGAUGAUCUGAAUCUAGAUAUAAAUGGACAACCAAGUACUGGCCAAACUACUGGUGUUGCCAAUACUCCUGUUGCUGUUGCCGCUGCUAGUGGGUCUUCUCAACAACAGCGUUCUUUCCAACAGCUACAUGAACAACAAGAUUACUUUCAUAGUCAAAAUGGCUCUCGUGCUGUUGGUUCAGCUGCUCAUACCCAAAAUCCUUCAAGGGUUAGUACACCUUAUCAAUUCAACUUCACUCCAGGCGGUAAUUUAAUUGAUAUGCCUAUCCUUAAUGAAUAUUUACAUUUGGGUGGUGCUGGUGGUGGUGCUGGUUUCAUGCCAAAGAAUCCUAAUGUUAAUAUGAAUUUAUUCAAUCAUAAUUCAGUGGCGCCUUCACCAAGUCAACAACAUUCACAAGUCCAUCAUAGUGAUGAUCAUACUACAAAUGCCGACGCUGGUUCAUCUUCAAUCAUACAGAGUCAUCCUCUUCAACAUCAUCAACAUAGCCAUCCUCAAUCAGGAGGCACUGUACAUGAUGACACAACAAAUACUUCAAAUUCUAUUCAUGAUAAUAGCUCUACACCUGAUGACUGGUUAUGUGAAUUUAUAAACACUCCAUUUGAUCAGAAUUUCACAAUGUCUUCAAAUGCUAAAAACUUCAAUUCAAUUGGGUUUGUUCCAAGUGUUUCACCUUCAAAUUCAACUGGUUCUGCUCCUCAAAUUGAAAAUCCAUUACCACAACAACAAUUGCAAAAACAACAGAAGCAAAAAAUUGAUCCAAAUCAACUUUUCAAUAAUGAUAUCCCUUCACUAUUUAGAUCAAGACAAAUUGAUUUGUUUAAGAAGGAAAUUGAAAAUAAUGAGGAAAUUAAAAGCUCAGUGCACUUAUUCAAUAAACAAUUGCGUGAUGAAAUAUUGACUUUGAAUAAAUUGAAUGAUUCACAAUUUCCAUCGUUAGAUGAAUUAAAUCAAUAUUUUACAUUAUUUAAAAAUGAAUUCAACAAAUAUUUCCCAUUCAUUCAUCUACCUACAUUACAAGCUUCCACUGAUAACUACCCAUUGUUAUUAUCAAUUGCUUCAAUUGGUGCACUAUACGGGUUUCAUUCAACACAUGCAAUGUUGUUAUUCAAUAUUUCAAGAUUUAGAAUUCAUGAAUUUCUAGAACAUGAGAAAUACUUCAAAAAUAAUAACAAUAUACCAAUCUGGGUUUAUCAAAGUAUGGUUUUGUUAAUUUUCAUUGGUAUUUUCAACAAUGAUUUAUCAAUCACAAAGACAAUGACAAUCAUGUUGAAUUCUUUGAUUGAGUUGGUUAAGUUAACUUCUUUAAAUUUACCAUUAGAAAACUUCUUAACACCUCCACCAAUUAUUAAUAAUAAAUCAUCUGGUGGAUAUGAUGAUGUUUUGGAACAACAAAAUUUCAAUUAUUUCAUUUUAGCUCAAACAAGAAUUAGAACAUGUCAUACAAUUUUGUUGAUUUCUAAUUUAUUUACUUCGUUGAUUGGAUUAGAUUGUUCUUUACAUUCGAUUGAUGUGAAAUGUGGUAUUCAUUGUAAAUUGGAAUCAUUGUGGGAAUGUGCUGACCAUAAAGAAUGGAAUGAGAUUUUACACAGGGAACAUUAUGUUAUUGAUUCCAAAUUUGCCCUAAUUGAACUAUCUAAUGGUAAUGAUUCUUAUAAUCAUUGUUUGAAUUAUCUAAGUAUGAAUAACUACAUUUUAAAUGAGGAUGAUCAACUGAAUAAAAAAUUUCAAAUGAAAACUUUAUUAUCAUUAUUGAUGUCAAUUCAUGAAAAAGUUUAUCUAGAGAGAACUACAUUGAAAGAUGAAAAGAACGGUGUUAUUAAGGCAACAAAAUGGAGAAUGAAUUCAAGACCAGUUUUGGAAAGUUUAAUCAAAAGUUGGGAAUCAUUAUACAUCAAAAAUGGAGGUGUUUUGUAUUUACAAGAUUCAAAUUUAUCAUUGAUUUACAAUAAGGAUCCAGUUCUUAGAUUGAUUUUACCACUGUUAUCAUUUGUCAAAAUUAGAAAAUGUAUUCAUUUAACUCCAAUUAUUGAAAAAAUCUGGUUAAAAGAUUGGGAUGGUAUGAAUGAAUGUUUGAAACAAUUGAGUGAUGAUCCUGAAGCUUUGAAAGAUGCAACUAAUUAUGCCUUGGAUAUUGUUAAAUUAUGGAUUGAUUAUGUUUCAAUUGUGAAUGAUGCUGAAAAGACUUCUAUUAGAACUCCAAUUUUUUUCAUCAUUUGUAUGUUUACAUCAUUAUUAAUUAUUGCUGAAUUCUUAUUAAGUGUUGAAAAAUGGGCUCAUAAUUUUGAUGAAGAAAACCCAACUACUUAUCUCAAUGCAAUUGAAAGAACAUUAUGGUUACGCUCUGAAAUGAUUUUCAAGAAAGUUGAAAGCAAUUUGAUCUUGAAUGAAAACAACAAAACAUAUGCAGAAUUUUUGAGACUAGAGGCAAAAGGUGCAUUAGAUGUGAAAACUUUAGAUGAUGAAUUAGCUAAAAGAGCAAUGAACCCUAAUACAGAAAUCAAGGAAACGCUACAAGUUAUUAAAGAUGCUAGAUUAUCUUCAAGAGGUUUAUAUAUGGGUGUUAGAAUUUUAGCUGAUGCUCCUAUUUGGCCAAUUGCUUUACUCUUUGCUCAAGCUUUGAAAUCAAGAGCUAUUUAUAUCUCAAAAUCUCAACCAUCAUCACCUUCCGGAAGAUGA